UCAAUGCGGGCAGCAAUGCAAAAAACAAAAACGAAAAUAUUCUGUACAUCAAUUACAAAAUGGAGUGGAAGAUGAAAGGAAGGAUAUGUUAGAAAUGACUCUAGAGCAGAGGAACGUCGCAGAAAUGGCUCUCCUUCCUGAUCGUUCACCUCAAAUUGGCGAUACACCUUUAAGUCCAUCAAAAUUAAGUGAAACUCAAGAUCGGAAUGUGUCUGAUGCAAUUGCUACUGUGAUGGAAAGAGUGGCAAAAAAUGGUCCUGGACAAAAUUUUUCUUCCAAAGCUAGUAAUUUUUAG